UAAAGACACAGGCGGUGCCCUAAAAUCGCUAUUUCUGUACCUCUUUGAAAGGGUUGAUGAGCACAGUAGCAUAAAUGGCGUACGGAAGUAGCAGUAACGGUGAUGAAUUACCACAACGAAAUGGCAGUUACACUUCUUCGUACAUGAUUUCAACCGACAAUGGCAACAGUUUCGACGAACCAUACUCUGACAACGUUGACGAACGAAUCCACAGCCUGCGCAAAUCGAUUCGAGAGCAAACCAUUCUACUUUCAGUUCUAGACAGCAAUGCCAGGGUCGAUGACCGUGGUGGCGACACCAUUGACGACCUGAAAACAAAAAUACGUAGAGUUUGUAAAGAAUUCAAAACGGCUCGGUCGUCUAGUAAUCAGCAACAAGCGUGGAUUCGAUACGAGCUCAAUAUGCGACGACUGCAAGACCUGACUGAUGAAGGGCGCGCGCUGAAAAAGGAAAUCGAUUAUUUGGUUGACACAGGCUUACAAAACGUACAAGCCGAGCUCGUUGUUGAAACUGAUCGUCUCGCGAGACUGGAACUUGAACUGGCCCGGAUCAGGAACUCGGAUGGUGACCCUGUCCGUGCAAAGGCACAUGCCAUGAUUGCUUCCAAACUGAAUGCGCCCCUGGCAAACGAUGUGAAUAACGCACAAUUGGAAGGCAACGCUCAGGAACGCAGGCAGCAUAUAGAUAAUAUCACCCAUGGCAUUGAACGACUACAGCAAGAUGCACGACAAGUACUACAACUCGAUUUGCCAGUCAUGGAUACGUACCUGGACCUAAACCGGAAGCAGAACCGCGACCGUCAAAUGUUUGAAAAGGGGUUGUUCGUUUCUGAACAACUCGCUCGAUUUAUUGAUACGGUCGAAAGCGAUACCAGCAAUAACACCAAUAGUGAUUCAGCUAUGUUAGCAACAUCACCACUCAGCUAUCACCAACCGAAACCUAAAUCUGCGCCUACAAUUGUCGGUGUGGACGAAGAUUACAUUUCGUACAACCCUUCAGCACAUCCUCCCCCGGUCCCAACAACUCAACGGCCAGGGUCGCCCCGCUCAGCCGUCGAUAUCAAGGCAGAGGCUCAACGACGGAUAGAGCAACGACGACUCUUGUUUGUCAACAAAUACAACCAGCAACGAUCAAGCGAAAAUCUGAGACGCUCUUCGACAAAGUCUGACGAUUCCAAUAUCAGCCAAGACGAAAAGGCGGCUCAAGAACGAUUACGUAAAGCUGAAACAGAGGCGAGGGAACGGUUGCAGAAUGCACGAGAGCAGCGUGCCAAAGCACGGCAAGAGAUAGAAGAAAAGCGAAAACAGGAAGCCGCUGCACGAGAAAGCAGACAGCGCGAGCAAGAGCAACAACGUCAAUGGGAAGAAGAGCAGAUGCGAAAAGAGCAAGAGGCCCGGGCGAAAAAACGGAGGAAAGAAGAGGCAGAGGCUUUGGAACGCCGAAGAAAAGAAAUCGAGGAACAUGAAAGGCGCGAACGCGAAGUAGCGCUCAAGCGAGAAGAGGAAGAAAAGGCAGCUGAAGAAGCACGUUUGCAAAGGAUAAGGCAGGCAGCAGAACGUGCGGCUAGAGAAAAACGGCUUCGUCAAGAAGAGGUUGAACGAAAGGAACGUGAACGAGAAGCCGCUAGGACUGAGGCUGAAAAUCGUCGUCGUGAAUGGCUCGAAACUGAAGAGAACCGCCGAAAACAAAAAGAAGCUGCCAAACGAGAACAAGAAGAGCGAGAACAAAAGGAAAAAGAGGAGGAAGAGCGACGGAAGCAACAAGUAGUUGAGGAGCAGCGUCGUAAACAGCAAGAAGAAGAGGCUAUAGCGGCAGCGGCUGCACAGGCAGAGGCAGAGGCAAAAGCUAAAGCAGAGGCAGAAGCAGCAAUGCAAAUUGAACCACCACAAGUUACUGCGCAACAAACUGCAGGAACCAGUGGAUAUGGCGUGGACAUUGAAGACGAAGUCGAUUUCAGCACCAUUUACAGGGUCAAAUCAUUGUAUGAGUAUCGCGGUGCUCGUAGUGACGAUUUGUCGUUCGGUGAAGAUGAAAUUAUCAAGGCUCAUCCACACAAGGAAAGUCAAAGCGAUUGGUGGUAUGGAACGUCCCUGUCAACCAAGCAGGUUGGCUUUUUCCCCAGGGCUUAUGUGGAAAUCGUUGAAGAAGCUUUCCGUGUCCGUGCAUUGUAUGAGUUUGUAAAAACUCGAGAAGAUGAUCUGGCGUUUGCCGAAAAUGAAAUUAUUGUGGUUCAGCCGUUCCAAGAUGAUGGUAGUGAUUGGUGGUAUGGAACAAGCGAGGAUAGCGGUAAUGCCGGCUACUUUCCAAAAUCCUAUGUUGAUAUUAUCAAUCCAGGAGUACCAUCCAUACAGUUGUCUGAAGCAGCUGCUGUUACCAGCCCGGUAACUUCACAGCCAACUGAUGUACAAGACGAACCACAGCGUGGCAUGUCAGCGCCAAACACACCAAUCAUGAAGAAAGAAACAUUGACUGUCAGUCGAACAGAGACUGGCAGACGACGAAGAGCUACCAGUAACGUUGGUAUUCCUGGCAGUAACGAUGUGCCUAUUGGCAGAGCCCGUGCCAUGUCUGUCCCAACGUCGCGACCCACGAGCCCCGGACUACUGACUUGGGCAAGCACAAUGGAGAAAACGGAACUUGAAGCAAUCCCAGCAGAAGAGCGCAAGCGUCAAGAGACGAUAUUCGAGCUAAUAGCCACAGAAAAAACUUAUCUACGAGAUCUUCAACUUGUCGUCAGCGUGUUUUAUGCAGAUUCAGGCAAAUACUUGACGCGAGAUGAGCAAGACGUGGUUUUCUCAAACAUUGACGAGCUGUUACUAUGCAACACGGCACUGUUAAGCGAUCUAGAAUCUAGGCAACAGGAAUCUGCCGGCGUGAUUUCUAAUAUUGGCGACGUUUUUCUUAAGCAUGCCGAAAAUCUCAAUUGUUAUUCCACAUAUUGUCGAAACCAAUCGUUUGCAAGCAGGUUCUUGCAGGAUAAGAGGCAGCAGGAUCAGUGGUUCGACGUGUUCCUAAAGACGGCACAAUCUCGACCGGAAUGUCGCUCCUUGGAUUUAUCCCAUUUUCUUCUGGAGCCCAUGCAACGUAUAACCCGAUACCCACUAUUACUUCAAAAUAUCCUUCAAGCUACACCGAAAAGACACCCAGACUAUGGUGUAUUACGAUCUGCGCUUUUCAAAGCCGAAGCGAUCUUACAACAUGUAAACGAGGAAACGAGGCGAUAUGAAAAUUCGCAGAAGAUGCGAGAGCUCAGUCGUUUACUUGACAUGGAACACUAUGGUCGAUUGGAUGUUUCUUCGCGAGAAUUUGUCAUGGAAGGUGUUUUGUACAAGGCAAAGAGUGGUCGAAAGCUCCACGGAUACUUAUUCAAUGAUAUCUUGAUUCUCACCGAGCCGUUGAAAGCUCUUAGUUCAGAAGGGUACCUCUAUCGACUCUACAAAGAGCCGAUGAGUGUUGACAUGAUUACCGUACGGCAGCAACACCAAAACCUGUCGUUAAAAGCCUCAUUCACUAGUAGCACUAGUAGCAGCUCGACAGACGAUAAUGCGUUCCAAAUCGUUUAUGGAUCGCAUGUUAUUGGCGUGAAAGCAUCGUCCGCUAGCCAGAAACGACAAUGGAUAAGCCAAAUCCAGCAUUUCAGUGCUCUGCAAUCAACAAUACAACGACAACAAAGUACAUUUUACUAGAAAAUGUGUUUUAGAUACCACAAACGUUGUUCAUUAAACUUAAUUAUGC